CCGACGGGGCGGUCCGGGCGGUGCGGAGCGAGCGGCGCGGUCGGAGCCGCCGCGGGGCAUGUGAGCUGCGGAACCGCGGCUCGGAGCGAUCGACGGCCGGCGCGGGCUCCGGCAUGGGGCUCGCCCUGCUCCUGCCACUGCUGCUCUCCCGAGCCGGAGAUCUCCUCGCUCUGCCGCGGAGUGACUGCCUAGCAGCAGAGGAGCUGUGCCUCUCGGACUCCACCUGCAAUGCCACCUACAGGGUCCUGGAAAAUUGUGCCCUUGCUAAGACUCGCUUCUCUCCACUGGAUCAUGAUAGCAGGGUCAGAUGUCUGAAUGCAGAGCUGGACCUUGGAAACAGCUCCUUGCUGCACUGCAGGUGUCACCGGCGCAUGAAGAGACAAGAGCAUUGCUUACGCAUUUUCUGGACCGUCCAUUCCAGCAUGACAGAUGGUUAUUUCAAUUUGGAGACGUCUCCCUAUGAGAAUCCAGCAAAUGAAGAACACUGGAAGACAGACUAUAAUAAACUGGCAGCUCUGUUGUCAGGCUCACAGUUAGACAGAGAUGCCACAAAUCCAUGCCUCAAAGCAACUCAUGUCUGUAACCUGAGCAAGAAGUGUGUUCGUCUGCGCACAGACUAUGCCUCUAUCUGCACCAAGGGAGCAGGGAGCGAGGACGCGUGUGACCGUCGCAAAUGCCACAGGGGGCUAAGGAAUUUCUUUGAGAAAGUUCCUGAGGAUUUUACCAAAAGGAUCCUAUUCUGUCCAUGUCAAGAUGAAUUUUGUGGAGAACGACGUCGGAAAACUAUUGUUCCUGAUUGUUCCUUCCAGUCUAACACCAAACCCAAUUGCCUCUGGCUUCUGGAUUCCUGCUUAGAAGACCAUAUCUGCAAAUCCCGACUGGCUGACUUCCAACAAAAUUGUCAACCUACGGACAUGUCUCCAGAUGGUUGCACUCAGCACAACCAUGCUGCAUGCCUGCAGGCUUACAUGGGGAUGAUUGGCACGCCCAUGACGCCCAACUAUGUCAGUAACUCCAGUGUGGAGGUGUCCCUGUGGUGCACAUGUGAGAGCAGCGGCAACCAGAAGCAGAAGUGUGACCAGAUACUCGGCAUGUUUGAGAGCAACAAAUGCCUUGAAAAUACCAUUUGGUCUCAAAUGCACCUGAAGCAGACAGCUCUAGAAAGACAGAAAGACUCAUUGUAUUCAUCUUCCCUAAGCUUCCAAGGAGACAGUGCCAGCGCAUCUCUUGCUUCAGAAAUGUCACAGGUGUCUGAAGGGAAGACACAACGCGACAUCUCUGAACACAGCAAUAUGCCUAUGGCAUCCUCUGUUUAUUCUGGAGCUUCUAUUUCUUGGCCGUCUAUGGCUCUAUUCCUGCCCCUAUUGCUGAGCCCAUGUUAAAUUGGCAUAAAUGGCAUCUUUCCUUUCCAUAUUAUUAAUGGUAUUCCAUAUCCAGACACCUCCCACUGCUGAUUUACGUUUGGGAAAUGGAAGGCUUCCAGAAAAGAGGACUGGAACAGCCUUAAUGCAGAAUGGCAGUCACUGAAGACCUCCCUCGAGCUUGCACAUCACUUUCCCCCAGUCAUUUUGCACUGAGCUCUGUAGAUAUGGUGCCCUACAUCACUUCUAAUAUUUUAGUGCAGUAUUUUAAAACAAAGGCCUGGAUUCUGUCAGAACUUGUGCAGGGUUUGUUUCUGCCUGCAAGGAAGGACCUGACAUGGUAUGUCCUACCACCCCACCGUCCGGAGCUCUUCCUCGGGCGUACAAUCAUGGAAUGGGCUAGGCUGGAAAGAACCUUUAAAGGCCAUCUAGUCCAACUGCUCUGCAAUGAACAGGGACAUCUUCAACCAGAUCAGGUUGCCCAAAGCCUCAUCCAGCCUUCCCUGCCUCCUCUUCUGUGGAGGGGGCACCGACAACUUCUCUUGGCAAUCUGUGCCAGUGCCUCACCACCCUCAUUGCAAAAAAUUCUCUUCCUCAUGUCCAAUCUAAAUCUGUCCUCUUUCAGUUUGAAACCAUUUCCCCUUGUCCUGUCAUUACAAGCCCUGGUAAAAAGCCUCUCUCUGUCUUUCUGGUGAUCCCCUUUAUAUAUUGAAAGGCUGCAGUAAGGUCUCCCCAGAGCUUUCUCUUCUCCAGGCUGAACCACCCCAACUGUCUCAGCCUGUCUUCAGAGGAGAGCGGUUCCAGCCCUCUGACCAAUUUUGUGGCCUCCUCUGGAUCCGCUCCAACAGAUCUGUUUGUCUUGUAGCAGGCACCCCAGAGCUGAACGCAGGGCUGGGUAGUGUGAGAUAGAGUACAGGGGAAGCCUCGCCUGUCUUGACCUGCUGGCCAUGCUUCCUUUUGUGCAGCCCAGGAUACAACACAGCUUUCUGGGCUGUGAGCACACAUUACCAACUCGUAUCCAAUUUUUCAUCCACCAGUAUUGUCCAGACCUUUUCUACAGGGCUGCUCUCAAUCCAUUCAUCCUCCAGCCUGUAGUGAUAUUGGGGAUUGUCCUAACCCACAUGUGGGACCUGGCCUUCUUGAACUUCAUGAGGUUCAUGUGGGCCCACUCGUCCAGACUGUCAAGCUGUAGAGUACAACAUACUAUCCUGAAGACUGGAAAUCCAUGUUCCAGGUUGCAAGUAAAGCUCAAUAAACAUAUAGUCCCUUGUAAACACCAGUUCUGGAUUACUUUCAGUUCCCUUUUCAAUUCUAUUAUUUUAAGUAUAUGAAAAACACCAUCCCAGGUCAAGGACACUAUACUACAGUUUAUACUCUUGCUCAUUUCUGGUUUGCCCCCUGCAAUGUAGAUACAUAUAAUCAUCCAUUAUCAUGACUAGCAACAGACUUGGGUUUUAUGGGUUAAGAUGGAUUUCUGUGCUCACUCCCAGUACAUUUAGUCUUACCUAGCAAAGAUGACCUUGCGUGACUUCAGGACGGAACUUCUUAGUAAUGCUCCGAGAGUAUAUAGCUCAUUGAAGCUGCAUUGACCACAAAACCCAUGGGACAUUGAGACAUGAAAAUCUUGGAGCUGCAUGUACCUUUUACCUCUCCACACACCCAAGUUGUCCUUGUUCUCUUCCAUGCUGCCUGUCCAAUUUCCUCUGCCAAGCUGUUUCAUAACCUGUUUAUUCUGAGUGUAAAUUUGUGCACUGUAUAACUGUUAUUUUGUAUCGCAUUUGUUUGUCGUGUUAAGUGAAUAUUGAUUUCUGAGCAUAGGUUAAUAGUCCACGAUCAGUUGUGUGCAAGAGUUGCCUCAUCAGCCAGCCUACACUUCCAGGAGAACAUGAAACUCAGCUCAAAGCAAAUGUCCACGCACACGUAUAGUGCCCCUUGCUCAUCCUAUGAGAUGCAACAGACCCAAACAGUAUUGUGUGCCGCAAAUGCUAUUACAGUCCUGAACAGAUGCAAACAGGCAGAUAUUUUUUACCCUGUCCUUUUAUCUGUUGCCAGGAAAACACCAGCUGGGUGCUACACUGUGGUUAUCAGUCACUGAUUGACACCUUCUUAUUACAGAAACUUACACCGUCACAUGUAUUGGAGUAGUUGUCCUCCUGCAGUACUAAUAUUUCCAUUUCAAAUUCCAGCCUUCUCUUUACUUCCUGGGCAGAUAGGGUGAGCAUAUCACUGUGUGGAGCAGAACCAUCUCCUCUGGCACGCAGAGAAGCAACAUCCUAUUUCCAUGCACUAGGAACAAACAUCAUGUCUUCUUAAUUAAGAGGAGUACAAAUGCUGGUAUUUCCAAUUAUCUAGAGAAAUAUGGCAGUUUGUAUCAAGAGACAGCACUAUUUCCACAUAUUUGCUACCAUUCUUUAAUAGAAACAAGAGCCCAUGUUGCCAUAUUCUAAUGUCCACAUUAGACCAUUCUCCAUAUGUUGGGACUAAAACCACUACAGUCAAGAGUCUUGAUAAAUAAGAGCAUCUGUUAUCUCCAGAAUUUAGUGGAGAAUGACAGGGAAGAAGAAAAUGUUGUUCUUCCCGAUAUUGCACAAAUUAGUGCGGAUAUUUCUUAGAAUAAUGGAGUAGAUUUCCCUGAGCCAUCUGUACCAUACACACACUGUACUGCAUUCAUCUUCCACUCAUCUGCUCUGUGAUCUUUCCUCUUUCCCCAUGACAGCACUCUAAGACAGGUUGAUAUGGAGAAACGUAUUAGCAUUUUGUUGUUCAUAGUCAAGGCACUGUGAGCCUUUAGCCCUUUACCCCUGCUAAGAAGGCUGAUUGCAAUUCCAGACUCCUCCCAUGUCCUGGACUACACAGCAAAAUGCUUGACACUCAGACAAAUCCUGCUCUAGGCUGAAAUGAAAGCAAAACAUGUCAGUUUUGUUUUUUUCUCCAACUAUCCUAUGUCCCUUUCACAUGUACCUAGGAACCUUUAUAUGCAUGGCUGCCUCUUAAGCUUAUUCAUCAAUACCUGCAAAUAAAAUUCACCUCUAAAUACACCUGCAUUCACAUGUAUCCACACUGCUAUGAGUACAAAUCCAUUUUCACUCAGACUUUUGUAACACCUGAUCUCCAAACAUCACAGUUAUUCAGCUACAUAGGAUACAUGCAUGCGCAAGUAUAACUGCUACUAAGAAAUGUCAUGCCAGUAUUGGUAUCAGUUCAGCUCUGUUAGCACCACCAAUGUUCAAAGACUGGCAUAGUUACUUAAACCCAUUCAGAACAGGCCUUACUAACCAUACUGCAGGACAUCACAACCCUCCCUCAGCUUCUUUGCCCCAGAAACUGGAAUACAACAUCCUGUGAGUACCUUUGGUUUAAGUACAAAACUAAUCUAAUUGAGAUUCUCUACCCUGACGGUCUUAAUGUUGAGCUCUUAGCAAGCAUAUAAAAGGAGGGAACCUUCUAAUUGUUGCAAUGUAGAUUAUUUUUAAAAGUGUAACAUAAUGCCAGAUCUCACUGAUAAAAUUUAUCUCGCAGCUCUAGAAGUCUCCUGCCUUCCUUCACAUUUAAUAGAAGCUUCACUCCUUGUGUACUGCUUGCAGCAGUACAGAAAAGAAAUUUAAAGAACAUAGUUGGACAGAAUCUCUUGCAAAGUAAUCUUAAUAACAGCUUUUACAGAGGUCACUCACUGUAAGGUACAAUGGUUUCUGAUAUAGCUGUAGAUCCCUUAACAUGGUCUAGUGUAGCAUUCUCAAAGGUCAUUUGUGUGAUCCUUCUCCAGUAGUGAGCUUAGUCACUGUGUUGGGUAAGUUGUUGAUACCAAAGAUAAGCCUUCGAUUUGAAAGUCUGAAACUAUUCUGCCCUUGCCUCAUUAAAAUAAUUCCUACUGCCUCCAGAAAAUGUGUGUUUCAGUAAGAACCAAGUGACUGCAGUUUUCCUUUUGAGGGGGACGACAAUAUGGAUCACAGAUGAGAUAAAGCUGAGCUUUACUUCAAACAGUAAUUCCUGGCUACAGAUCCCUGGCAUGACUCUAAAACCUGUUGACAGGAAAAGGUAACCUCGAGCUGACAACACUCAUAGCUUCAGCACCUAUGAGGAAUGAAAGUCUCUUUUCCAAUACAUCCUAACAAUCACCAAGUUGCUCUGUUUGCUAAAAUGGUAGCAACUUUACACAGGAGCAAGAAAGAAGACUGUCAAAGUGAUCUUUGAGGUGUCCCUGAACGAGAUAGAACUCUUGGGGCGACAAUGGAGAAGAAGAGAGCCAACCAGCACCACCACAAAGCUCAACAGGAGCGUUUGGCACUGCUAUGGAAUCAAACCCAGCCUCUGUUCUACAGUUGCUUUCCCCAUUGAAACAGAGCCUGGUAAACA